GACAGCUUUCAACCAGGCAACAGCAAGCGUCAGCAGUACACAAUGCUCGCAAUUGAGACGCGAUUCUUCUCUAUACUGAGAGAGUCUCGGUGUCUUCGGUGUCAGACACAGGCGGUAUGGACCUCGGUGCGGAAUAAGAGCACAGCCAGUGCGCCGAAAGAUAAACAAGAGAACGUCCAGCCCAUUGAACUCGACCGACCGAUUGGCCUCCCUUACCCUCCAUUACCAGGACAAAAUACGGGGAUUGAUCACCGCUCACUGAGUGAACGGCGCGAUGACUUUGUGGACUAUCAAAAGCAUCUCCAACGCCGGAAAGAAUUGGCGGCGCACCUGGCAAAACCCUACUUCAGAGAAUGGACAAACCUGAAAUACAACGAAGGAAAGACAUUCAGGUCGAAUCCUCGGUUAUUCAAACAUGACAAAGCCUUAUUCUUUCCGAACCUUUACGGAAUCACGCUAGCAUCGCCAUCCAAACCGAAAGAUACAACAGAUAUAAUAAAAGGAAAGAUCUCGGUGGUGAACCUAUUCUCAAGUCUGUGGGCAGAGCAACAAGUAGCGACUUUCACAAAACUUGAAAACAAUCCGCAACUGCAUGAAAUGCUCGCUGCCAGCCCGUCUACAACCCAACUUGUCGAUAUCAAUUUGGAAGAGAAUAGACUGAAAGCUUGGCUAGUCCGGGUAUUCAUGGGCAACCUACGACGAAAAUUGCCGAGAGAGCAGCAUGAGCGGUACUUUCUCGUGCAGAAAGGCAUGACGGACGCGAUUAAGCAAGCGAUUGGAAUGCUCAAUAGCAAAGUCGGAUAUGUAUAUCUUGUGGAUGAUUACGGUCAUAUCCGUUGGGCCGGCAGCGGGUCUGCAGAUCAGUCAGAGAAGGACUACUUGAAUGCAGGGCUUUUGAGGUUGGUUGAGGAGAAGAAAAAGCGGUUGGACGAUAUUAGUGGUGCAUCUGCGACGUCGUCCUUGAAACGAAGGAUAGUUACGACACCCAAGGAGACAUAGGAAUUACAAGGAAAGAUAACCUCGCUAUGUUCACCCUGGUAGUGCAUCGUGAUGGAGCGCUGAAAUGUGUAAUUAUAACAUUUAUGUACAAUAGACAUAUUACUCAAACAGUGAUCCGGAAACAAGAGGUCCGCUUGACAUAAAUAAUAUUAAAAACCCGUCAACGCCGAACCAUGCAAACGAUUAUAUGUCUUUCCAAACAGUAAUAUAUAAAGACGUCGAAAACAAGAAACAUCACACAAGCUCCAGAGCCAGCUCAAGAGACACGUCCAGACGUUUUUCUUAU